GCGUUGCUCAUUUGUCGGCGCAGAGCUGAUAGCCAGGGCCCUGUGAUUGCAUCAAGUCGGCGUCACCGUUCCCCACAGCAAGAGUACAUCAUGAUACGAGCAAUUAUCUUCACAGAAGCUACACACGAGAAAUGGAGAUUGGUGACCGAGAGCAGCAAGCCGUACUUUAGCCUCACUCGUGCACUACAAGAAUUCUCAAAAGACUUGGAGCGGCAGAUGGAAGACAUGACGGGGAUUCUUAGU